UCCAUGGAAGCUGCAAAGUUUCUGAAGUCAAAGGGCAAAGUUGAAGAGGCCCUGGAGUAUGCCGAGCGCUUGGAUGAUCCACAUUUCAGAGCAGAGUGUCUCAUGAUAAGCAGCAGGAUGAAGCUGCAGAAUAUGUCCAGUCCUACAAUAAAGCAAAACAUCCUGAAGAAUUUAGAAGAAGCUGAAAAGCUCUUCUCUGCUUGUGAAGAUAGCAAUGGGCAGGCAGAAGCUCAGCUGUAUCUUGCCAAGUUGAGAAAAGAUAUUAAGCUCCUGAAAAUCUCUUCUGAUCUUUUCAAGAAAAAUCACAAUAUUGGUGGACAAGUGGAGGUGGUUGAGGUGCUAAUGGAGAUAGUUCCAGAGCUGUUACCCAUACACGUUUUGCCAGUACGGGAUGCUGUAGAAAGUGUUGCCAACUUCCUCCUCAUUGUACCGAAAAGUCCAGUAAAGCACACUCAAACUGAAAGGGCCAUGCUUGACGUCUGUGAGCUGUACUAUGGCAUAGAAAAGGGGGAUAGGGAACAAGUUAGGAAAGUAAAGACCAGUGAAGCUGCCAGGAUUGACCUCCUGCUUACUGAAGAUUUGGAUAAAGAUCAAGUGCCAAAGAAUUUGGUCCAUGAGAAAAUGUGCCAAGAUCUUCUUAAGAAAGUUGGCAAUGGUAUAAACAAGUGCCGUGCUAUGAUGUGGAGCCACAUGAAAAAGCAAGAGAUCUGCCCUGACUUCAUUGCUGGGCAGCCAUGUCAAGAACUUGGAUCAUGUUCUAAACUGAGGCAAGAACCUAAAAGGAAUCAUCUGCUGCACCACUUGGAUAGCAUCCUCAGACUCAUUCAUUUAGAUUCUACAGUAGAAUGGGCAUGUGAGCAGCCUCACAAGGACACCAUCAAAAGGCAGCUUGAAGAUCUGAGGCCCAGAAAAGAGCUUGGUGGAAGGUUUGGCUCUUGCCUGGCUUUGUACAAAUUGCUCUUUCCUGCUCAGGGUCACCACAGGAAUCUCUGCUCUCUUCCUGUUGAAGCUAGGGAAGUGAUGAAUAGGAUUAGAAGCUUGGCUGUAGAAGAUCAGUUAAAGAGAUGGGCCAAGUAUGAGUGGACAAAGUGUCCUCAAGAUCAGUUGUCCAACACAGAUUUGUUCCUGUUGAUCUUCAAUGUACAGCGCCUGCUUAAGGUCAAAAUUGAAGUCUUGAAAGGAAUGCUUACAAAGACUGCUGAUGGCUACUCAGCAGAAGCUAGUAAGAAGGUUGCCCCACAUAAAGUGCCAAAGGACAUUGGUAUGGUCUAUGUAGGAGAAAGGGGGAACAGACACAUGUUCAUCAGUUUGAUGAGCAGGUUUAUCGAUUUCUCCAAAGAGCUCCAUAGCAAACUGGACCCCAUAACUGCCAUGAGAGCACUGGUGCUGAACUUCAUCAGGAAACUUGCAGACCGUGCUACAGAGCCACUGAUGCCUUCUAUUGCCAAUACCGUUUGGAUGAUGGAGCUGGCCACUACCUUAUUCCUCAGCAUGGUAGCUAAAACUACCCCUGGCGUUGUCCUGUGCUUGCCGUCAGGGUACCUGGCUCAGCUGUCUCUCUAUGACUUCAUCAGGGAUGGAGAGUAUGCCAUGUGGAUGAGCCUGACACACUGCACUUGGCCUAGGGAGUGGUACCCCGUCGUUGCUAGGAUGAUGGUUACCAUGGUGAAGAUACUCUGUGGUAAUCACAACCCAAAGUUCAAUGUGAUUGAAGAUGCUUUCUCAUCUGUUGCAUACAUCAGGAGUGGGGAGACAGAACGGACCCUAGUUUUGAUACUUACUCUCUUAUGCAACACCAACCAAGCCUUGCCUCCUGAUUGUGAAGUCCUGAUCCGCAGAUCCUUGAACUCCAUCAGACUUGACAGAGAAAUUUUGCCACAGAGGCUUUACUUGAGGGUUAAGGCAGCAAAAGAGGCAAAUGGGCUUCAGGGUAUUGUAGAAGUACUGCAAGAAGCGCUACGUCAUAGAGACCAGUGUCUGUAUCAAUGCGUGUGGGGUGCAAUUGGUAAAAAGUCCAGCACUGCAAAGGGAUUGGUCAAUCAUCCAGUUAGACCUGCAUCUUUCUUUCCCACAUAUAACAUGCCUCUCACAGAUGUUCAAGCCACAGCAAACAGCUACUCAGAUACAGGAAAGGAAGUAGAAAUCUAUGGGGAAGAGACGGAGGAAUUCGAUGAGCAAGAGAUCUUAGAUGCAGAAAAGUCAGCCAAAAGACUUGAGAUGGAAAAGAAGCUUGUUGUUUGUCUUUUGGUAAUUCGAGCGUGCAGGAAGUUCAAUCAACUGAGACAAGUACCAAGUCAGGCAGCAUCUGCAUCGACCAAAGACAAUCGCCUUCCAAAUCUCAUACAACACAUCACUAUUGAUAACACCAUGUGCGGAUAUUGUGGAGUUUACUUCUCAAGUGCCCCUACAACUCAAGAUUGGGAAGAAGAAAAAGAAGAAAACCAAGCAUCACAGCAGAUGAGAUCAGUUUCUCCCAUCCCAACUGAUGAUACUGCAAGUUCACCCAUGCCCAAUGUUUCACCCCAACCAUAUCUGUAUCAGAGUCAGUUAUCAUGGGAACCUACUAAAAGUACAGACACCCAGUUUGCCUCACUGGAUGAGGCAGGGCACCUGUCAGGUAGUGCACAGCCCACCCACAUCUUCAGCCCAAUGGAAGAGCAAGCCAAGCAGAGAAACAGUCAUGAGAAAACCAGGGACCAUUUUGAGAAAAUGCAGUAUUUUGGAAUAUUCCACACAGUAUAUGUGAAACAAGUAUUACCUCUAUUGCAGAAAUGUGAGGAUUUUGAGCAACAGUUGCCCUGCGAAGAUGAACAUAAUGCAGAAGCUCUUCUUUUCAAGCUGCAUGGACUUGCAAUUUCAAUCAUGCAUCUGAAGAAUACUGUGAACAAUGUGGUUCAACAAAAGACAUGGGGAAGUACUCGAGAAGUUAUUCACCAAGCAGAAGAGGUAGCAAAACAGUUGAGAGCAGGAAUGCCCAUUUUUAAAGAGUGGCAGAGGGAGGCAGAGGUCGAGAAACACAGAAUAGCUGUAGCUCAGGAGAAAGCAGCUGAAGCUAUGGAUGAAGAGAUAGUCAUUGCACAUGAUGAAGAUGAGAACCAGGUGGGCCAUCUCCUGACAGUGGCGGAAGGGCCAGGUGAUCAGAGACAGAUGAAGAAAAAUAAGAGAAAAAUGAAAGGGAAACGCAGCAGGCAGAAUUAGUUUUUUAUUAAGUUCUUUCACGUUUACUACAUGUAUAUACACAUUGUAUUAUGUUAUGCUGAUUGAGACCAUGUUCCAAAGAAAAACUUUUAAGAUUCCGUUUAGAAAUGUGAAAAAAUUCACAAAAGUUUACACUUUUCAGUUUUGAGGAUGAACAGUCACAUGUAUAUGUUAAGUGACAACUAUUAUAUUUUAUUCAUAUUUUGAAGAACAGUUAAAUUGAAAAUAAAGUAAACCUUCGAUCCAAAUAUUUGACCAAAUUACUGAAAAUUCUCCAUAAAAAGUAUUUUAUAUUAUUUGCAGCUACACAAUAUAGUUCAUCUAAAUUUGAUUACUUAAAACAUCUGGUGUAAACACUAAAGUGGCAAUCUUGGUUACUUUGAUCAACAAUAAUUUCAAAAAUAUCUUUCUUCAUUGGAUAAUUAGUAUUUUGCCAGAUCUUACGAUUUUGGUUAAAUCUUUGUCAAAUUUUAACCAGUCAGUUUGUAGCAUAUUGUUUUGAUAGCUUAGAAGUUUCUGUGAAAUGUUAAUGUUUAUGAUUUUAUUUCUUGUAUUCUUGUUGUGUUGGUAAGAAAAGUUAGUUUCAAAAUAAAGUUCAGUUUUACCUUCUA